AGCCAUUUUGGCUCAAGUCAUUGUGGCUGAAGGCCCAGUCUCCCCCCUCCCAGUCUCCCCCCUCAACUGAAUCUGCACUUGGCUGUGGGGUGCAGCUUCCCCCGCCUCGUCCGCGUUGGUUGCUUCAUGGGGCAGGCUUGCUCGGGUGACAAGGAUGAAGAGGGGCAGUUAUGCGUGAGCGGUCGCAACGGGACCACACCUGUGAGGACUUCAAGGAGUCCAAGCACAAUGACUGCUCGAGACUGGCUGGAGCGCUUCGAGCAAGAAGUCGGGCAGGUGCCGACCGUAGGUCAGCUCAUUAAUUUUGUCAAGGAGCGCCUCGGUGAGAUCUCAGAGCAGGCUGCGGAGGCAUGCCUCCGCUUGAGGAACCAGAAGGUUACCGAAGGGGGCUCGAGCAUGAGCCACAUGAAGGACAACGCCCAUGAAGUGGACAUGGUCACGCCGAUGUCUAUCGUGAUCUUCGGUGCGACGGGGGAUCUCGCAAAGAAGAAGCUGUAUCCUGCUGUGUACCAGCUUAUGUUCGGAUGCCCUGGCGCGCCGCUGGUGCCACAAAACGCGAACGUGGUGGGCUACGGACGCUCUCCUGUCGCGCUCGACGACUUCUUGGCGAAGCAGUGCGUCAACGUCAAGGGAGGCCAGAAGGAGAAGUUCCUCAAGCAGUGCUCUUUCUUUUCUGGACCUUACGAUUCUCCCGACUCGUACAAGGGACUGCACGAGCACCUCCUCAAGCUCGAGGGCGGUGGUAAGGCUAACCGAUUGUUUUUCUUUUCCAUUCCGCCCCAGAUUUUUGGCGACGUGGUCAAGUGCAUCCACACCAGCGCUAAGGCUCCAGGUGGUGGAUGGACUCGUCUCAUUCUCGAGAAGCCCUUUGGUCGAGACAGUGCCAGUUUUGCAGAGCUGGACGCUUGCACUUCCAAGCUGUUUACCGAGGAUGAGAUUUUCCGGAUCGACCACUACCUGGGUAAAGAGAUCGUGCUGAACAUUCAGGCGAUGCGUUUCGGCAACCAGAUAUUCGAGAGCUUCUGGAAUAAAGAACAUAUUCGAAGUGUGCAGAUAGUCUUCAAGGAGGACUUGGGCACAGGUGGCCGUGGUGGAUAUUUUGAUCAGUCUGGCAUCAUCCGCGACAUUAUGCAGAACCACUUGUUGCAGGUGCUCAUCUGGUUGGCCAUGGAACCUCCAGCCAAGUACGAUCGUAAAAGCGUUGCCGAGCAGAAGGUGAAGGUGUUGAAGGCCAUACCCCCUCUAAAGAUGAAGGACACUUUCCUAGGGCAGUUCGGAAAGAACACGUGGGAGUGUUCUGGAGGCAAAGUCCACCAAGAGCCUGGCUAUCUCGACGACGAGACUGUGCCAGCAGGGUCGCGGUGCCCAACUUAUGCCGGCGUGGUGCUCGAGAUCAACAAUGCCCGGUGGAAGGGAGUGCCCUUCCUCAUGCGCGCCGGCAAGGGCCUGGAUGAGCGCAUGGCGGAAGUGCGCAUCACGUUCAAGCCACAAAGUUUCAACAGCAUUAUCCCGGGGGACUCGAAUGAACUCGUCCUGCGCAUCCAGCCAGAUGAGGCAGUAUAUUUCAAGUACCUUAACAAGGUUCCUGGAUGGGACCCGAAGAGGGCCGCGCCAGUGGUGAUGGAUAUGAGCUACACCAAGAGCUUUCCUGAUAUCUAUGUGGCCGACGCUUACGAGCGCAUGUUUUUAAAUACGGCUAAGGGCGACGGAUCUCUGUUCGUCGGCAGCGGUGAGUUGACAGAGGCAUGGCGCAUCUUCACACCUCUACUGCAUGAGAUCGACGCUAAGCGCCCUGAGCCAGUCAUAUAUCCAUUUGGUGCACGUGCGCCCGCAGGAAUGGAUGAAUUUGCCGCAAAGUACGGCAUCACCAUGGCGAAAAGUUGGGAGGAGUUUCUUGUGUUCAACAAGAGUAAAUUUGGAGACCUCCGCAAGGUCUUCGAUGCGCUCGACGCAAACGGCGACGGGUCGCUCUCACCCGACGAGGUGAAGGCGCUCGCCAGGCAUUUUUUCGACGGCAGGGAGCCCACAGACCAGCAGGUCUCUCGCAUCAUGCAGCGGAUGGAUAAGGACGGCAAUGGGCGUUUGACGUUCCACGAGCUCGAGCAGGGCGUGGAAGCCAUGAGCCGGUACUGCCUGCCAGGGUACAACAAGGAUCAGGAUUUCAUGGCUGACCACCUCGCUUUGACAGAGAGCUCGCCCAAGAUAAGCGCGCCCCUCAAAGCGCCAAGCUGAUUGUGGUGCUUGGUUAGCGCUGGAGUUGCAGGAGGGAGGAGGGGCCCUGCAGUUCGGCUGACUACCAUACGCUUGUUCCAGAGCUCCCCGGAGUAGGGACGCGCUGCGCACGCGACGGUCGUUUUGCCACGUGGGGACGCCCUGCCACGCUGCUUUGCGCCCCGAGCAGCACAGCAUCCUGGUUCGAAUUGCCUGCCCGCCCCCGCCCCUGGAGAGCCAGAUAAUAAGAUCGUCCUCCGAGCUUCGCGAAGCGAAGACGUCGCACCGCGGUGCGGCUCAUGUGUUCCAGGAAGGCUGGCACAGCCCCUUGUCCUUUGCCCCCUCUGCUCGGUAUCGGCGUUGCCUGGCACGAAACACACACACCAAGUGCAGGCUACACACGUGGCACCCACGAGGCGGCCAAAUCCGUGGCAACGUGGCGAAAUGCCGACACACACACCGCAAGCGUGGG